AUAUCCAAAGAUAGUUCCUACAAUUUGUAGAACAUACCGUAUUAUUUUGUAGAAAAGGAUGUCCGACAGAACAAAGCCGAAGAUGUUGACUAUAUAUCUCUAUGUGCCUAACAUUAUUGAUGCAUGAUGAGUUCAAUUUUCGAUGUGUUGAUUGGAUCUUGGGUGCUAAAUUUUACCACAUGUGGUUGCAGCUUUGUAUGUGAUGGUAUAGAUGGCUGGUUUGCUCGUAAACUUAAUCAAGUAUCAACAUUUGGUGCUGUCUUGGACAUGGUGACGGAUAGGAUUAGUACUGCUUGUCUUUUAGUCAUACUGUCCCAAAUAUAUAGUCCUGGUUUGGUCUUCUUAUCAUUGCUUGCGUUGGACAUUGCAAGCCAUUGGUUCCAAAUGUAUAGUACUUUUUUGUCAGGCAAAUCUAGCCAUAAAGAUGUGAAAGAUAGCUCUAGCUGGCUGUUCAGGUUAUAUUAUGGAAACAGAAUGUUCAUGGCAUUCUGUUGUGUCUCAUGUGAGGUUCUAUACAUAAUCCUUUUUCUGCUAGCAAAGAGACAAAGUGAAGAUUUAAUUGAUGUUCUAGUUUCUUCUGGAAGACAAAGCUUGGCUCUUUUUAUCUUAAUAGUUCUAGCUCUGUUUGGAUGGGCAGUUAAGCAAACAAUCAAUGUAAUACAGCUAAAGACCGCAGCUGAUGCAUGCGUUCUGCACGACAUAAACAGAAAGCAGAAGCAGAAGCAGAAGCAGAAGCAGUAAAUUGGUACUGUUUUUAAGCACAACGAUUAUAAGGCAUUGCUCACCACAUCAACGAACCUGCUAGAUAUUUCCUUCUAAAGGCAUGCUUGAAUUGGAGAUAAACGUUAAAAUGAGGAAACCACGUCAACUGAAAAAUUUAAGCUACUUUGAGUAGAAAUCAAAGGAUAUGGUUGUUGGCUUGUCGCAAACGGGAAAAAUGCUUUUAUUUCAACUCAACUUAAAUUUUUAGUCGGACGUCAUUUUCCCAUCGAGUAUUUACCGCUAAUCCAAGCUCGCUCUACUCAGGAAUGCUCAAACAGUUUCUCUCGGCAUGGCUGAUGCAGCAUCCAAGACUAGCCCUGAUGAGUGUGUAUUUGUGGACAGGACAUCGGUUAGUUUGAUGCUAAUUUAAUGUAUUUAUGUUUAUUUUUGCUUUGGUCUAAGUAUGUUUUAUUUCAAAGCUUGAUUGGUAGGUUGCAAUGAACAUAUUACGUUAGAUUUGAUCGUCUUGUUCUAAAAAGAUUGUGACGCUUUCCCUCUCCUACGAACGAUUUCUUACUCUUGUACUAGUUUACUGCUUAGAAUUUGCUGAAUUUUACAAGCUUUUGACGUGAUUCACCAGUUAA